AUGACUGUAUUAUUUGGAAUGCUCAUUCUAGCUCUGUAUGUAUACAAAGUAUUUUUCUUUAUUGUUUAUUUUUUUUUGUGUGGAAGUUCUGCCCUUAUGGCUUUGACUUUUAAUUUCUCUUGUGAAUUAUGCUUUCCAUUAAGCGAAAAUACUACAAUUUUUUAUUUCACUAGGAAGACAAUUAGUUAUGUUCCACUUUGGCUAUCAUAUUUUAUGAUAUUUAUGUUAAUCUUAAUUUGUAGCUCUAAUUUUAUACCAUGA